AUGUAUACCUCAGACUCCAACGCAUUGGCACAUCCAAUGGACACUGUCACUGCCAUGAACUGGGCUCCAUUUACCAUCGGAGAGGUGGCCCUGGAGCUGCAUCGGCUAAAGAUUCACCAAUCACCUGGACCUGAUGGUGUGCACCCGCUUAUCCUGAGGGAGCUGGCAGAUGAACUUGCACUGCCACUGUGCAGCCUGUUGAAUUUGUCAAUCACUCAAGGGCGUUUACCGCAGCAGUGGAAUGAUGCUGAUAUUGUUUCACUACCCAGGGGUGGGGAUAGGAGUGACCCUGGGAACUACCGACCAGUCAGCAAUACUAGUGUUGUGGGUAAAGUAAUGGAGCGACUGGUGGGUGCACGGCUUUGA